AUGCAAAUUAAAUCUACUUGGGCUUUUGUGCUAUUUGCAAUGGUUCGUUCACAUGUCUUUGUGGGCAAGCCUGCACCCUUUCACUGGGAUUCACAGGUAACAAAGCUGAUCAUGCCAUUGAAUGGUGAUCCAAACUACCAAGGUCCAGGCUGGGGUCAGCAACCUUUUCCUUGCAAGGGCUAUCAUAGAGAUGUGACUUAUCAUAAAGCUUAUGCCACUUGGUAUACUGGAAGUACGGUAACGUUUCAGAUUUAUGACUCCACAAACACGACUGGCGCUAGCAUGCACGAGCCAGGCGCAGCUCAUUCAGGAGGCUCUUGCCAGGCAUCAUUUUCCUACGAUAAUGGGGAAACCUGGAUUGUCGUGCAAAGCUGGGAAGGAAACUGCGUGCGUGUACGAAAGGGUCAAGAAGGUAAACUUACAAAUUCCUAUGACAUUAAUCAAAGUUACUCUUUUGAUAUUCCUGAUUCCCUUCCAGGGGGAGAUGCGGUAAUCUUCGCAUGGACCUGGCUGAACUCAUCCGGUAAUCGAGAGUUCUAUAUGUCAUGCUCGCCUAUCCGGUUGAUAGCAGCACGAUCCCUAACCAAAAUUCCAUCUGGUUAUCCUAUGUAUAUUGCCAACCUUCAGGAGGAUCCAGAAACACCGGAUUCACAGCAUCCAAUCUGGUCUCGAUGCUAUGUUCCGCAAAAUGUGUGGAUUCGCUACCCCCCACGGUACAAAGGCAUCAAUCCACCAAUCGUAGCCGAUCCGCUUCCAGAAAGCAGCCAAAUCCGCUAUCUAGACCUUGGAGACGAUGGGGGAUUAUGCGGCUCAGACAAUAAAGAAAGGAGCAUCUUUAAAGUUCCGCUACUUGAGCACGUGCAGGCUAGCUUUGAGUCAUCUGGAUUAUUGAUAUUCCAUAACAUUAUGCAUUUGACUGCCCUGCUCGCUUCGUUAAAUGUGUUAGCUGCUACACCGUCGACUAAGAUGUUGAAUUCUAUGCCUUCUAGUUAG